UUGUAGGACCACAUAGAAAUAGUCAGAAGUGACUCAAAAAAUCUAAUAUUUCUCCCUGGCACUAGACCUAGACACAGGCGCACAGUAAAUCUUCUCUAUAUACCCAAACAACAGUCAUUCGUUUAUCCCAGUUUGUUUUAGCUGUGACUGCAACAUCCACAAAUAUAUAGAGGCAUCUCUCAGUUGAGUUGAACUAGUGCUGUUCAGUAGGCUAGCUGUCAAACAUUUUGCGUGCCGGGUGGUCGAUAUUAGACCAAGAAGAAACACUUCGAAUUGCGUGGAAGCCCAAAGGAGAAAAGAUGCUACCGACUCGUGUGGGAAUCACCGGGGUGACAGCAUGUUGCCUGGUGUUGCUUUCCCACUGUUUUGCUCCUACAGAUGCUGCGUAUACAUGUGGGACAAGUCAGUUCAGGUGUGGCAACGGGAAAUGUAUCACCAGCCGGUGGGUGUGUGACGGAGGUGAUGACUGUGGUGACGGAACUGACGAGCUGCCAGCCGCCUGCGAGGCUAAGACCUGCCUGCCCACUGAGUUCAGCUGCGGAGGCCCACUGAACAAGUGUAUCUCCGGAACGUGGCACUGUGAUGGCAAAGCUGACUGUGACAAUGGAGCUGAUGAGAAGAGCUGUGCCGCAAAGAACUGCACCGACAACGAGUUCCGCUGCUCCAACGGUCAGUGCAUCGCCGUCUCCUUCGUGUGCGACAAGGACAACGACUGUUCCGAUGGUUCUGACGAGACUUCCUGUCCCACCGCCACCUGCGGUCCCAACGCCUUCCAGUGUAACAACACUGUGUGUGUCCCGCGUCUCUGGGCCUGCGACGGUGACGCCGAUUGUGCCGACGGUUCAGACGAGUGGCCCCAGAACUGUGGCGGGAGGGACACCAAACCGACAACAAAGCCCUGUGGGCCACAUGAAUUCCACUGUGGGAGUGGGGAGUGUAUCCAUAGGAGUUGGAGCUGUGAUGGAGGCAAGGACUGUCAGGAUAAUUCAGAUGAAACCAACUGCAGUCGGCCCACUUGCCAGCCAGAUGAGUUUCAGUGUAAUGAUGGCUCCUGUAUCCAUGGUAGCCGUCAGUGUGACCGCCAGUUUGACUGCAGGGAUCUGAGUGAUGAGAUUGACUGCAAGAGCGUGGAUGCGUGUGAGGGCCCGAAUAACUUCAGGUGUAAGAGUGGGGAGUGCAUCACCGUGGACAAGGUGUGCAACAGGCAGAAAGACUGCCGAGACAUGUCCGACGAACCUAUCAGGGAGUGUGGCAACAACGAGUGUUUGACCAAUAACGGCGGUUGCUCUCACACCUGUACCGACCUGAAGAUUGGCUUCAAUUGCUCCUGUCCUGCUGGGUACAGUCUGGGGAAGGACAACAGGAAAUGUGAAGACAUUGAUGAGUGUGCUGACCCAGACACCUGUACCCAGAUCUGUGUGAACAUCCUGGGAAGUUACAAGUGUGAGUGUGAGGAGGGCUAUGAACUGGACCCCAAGACCAAGACCUGCAAGGCUGCCACAGGGACUGUCCCCUACCUGUUGUUCACCAACCGCCACGAGGUGAGGAAGAUGACUCUGGACCGUAGCGAGUACGUCCCUCUCAUCCCCAGACUAAAGAACGUGGUGGCCCUGGACAUGGACAUGCCUGGACACAAGAUCUUCUGGUCUGACCUGUACCACAGGAAGAUCUACAGCGCCGACAUGAACUUGGCAGGGAACUCCUCCCACCACAACGUGGUGAUUGACAGCCAGAUGGAGGCGCCGGAGUGCCUGGCCGUCGACUGGAUUCACGGUAACAUCUAUUGGACGGACAGUGUGCUCCAGACCAUCUCCGUGGCAACCACGGACGGAACACGGCGAAAGACACUGAUCAGCGAAGGACUGGAGAAACCAAGAAGCAUCGUGGUGGACCCAGCCAAUAACUUCAUGUACUGGACUGACUGGGGCGACGAGGCCAAGAUCGAGAAGAGUGGGCUGAACGGAGCCGACCGCGUCGCCUUGGUAACGGACAACAUCAAGUGGCCUAACGGCAUCACUCUUGACAUGGUUAACCAGCGUCUGUACUGGGUGGACUCUAAGAUGCACACCCUCUCCAGCAUCGGCGUAAACGGAGAAGGACGACACACACUCAUCUACAACGAGGACAAGCUGGCUCACCCCCUCUCUCUCGCCGUCUUCGAGGAGAAAGUAUUCUGGACCGACAUGGGCGACAGAGCGGUCAUGAGCGCCAACCGCCUGACAGGAAAUGACAUCACUGUACUGGCGGAGGACCUGAUGCAGCCAGAGGACAUCAUUGUAUACCACAACCUCAAGCAGCCCAUCGGAAAGAACUGGUGCACAGAGAAAAACUUUGUGAAUGGAGGUUGUGAGUUCCUAUGUCUACCUGCUCCCCAGAUCAACCAACACUCCCCCAAAUACACCUGUGCCUGUCCUGAUCACAUGACCCUCGGCCUGGACAUGAGGAAGUGUGUGGCAGCUCCAACAACUACUGCUCCCUCCACCACUCCCAAAACUGCAGCUCCCAACCCUACCAGGGCCCCAACCAAACAGCCAGCUGGUCCCACUUCCACCACAACUACAACUACCUCAACUACCUCCUCCGCCCGCCGGGCCCAGCCUCAGGACCCUGAUAGGUCCUCGACCACUCACAGUCCACAGGAAACGGCGGUCACAGGUCAAAGUGGCUAUGUUGCCAUGCCCAAAGUAGCUGAGGCAUCACACCAUACUGUGCUCUACAUUGUCUUACCUAUCAUGAUGAUGUGCCUGGUGCUGUUUGGUGCAGUGUUGCUAUGGAGACACUGGAGGCUGAAGAACACCAACACCAUCCACUUUGACAACCCCGUGUACCAGAAGACCACAGAGGACGAGUUGCACAUCUGUAGAAACCACAGCCAGGACGGAUACACCUACCCACAGAGACAGAUGGUGAGCCUAGAAGAAGACCUGGCAUGACUAGUAGAAGAAGAAGAACAAGUGGAUAUGAAGAAUUGUAUUUAAAGAGAGAUUUUUUGUUUGAAAAAGUGACAAACAUAAACCGAUGGAGGUCAUUUUAACCCUAAUGCUACUGACACGUCCUUUCCAAUCCUAUGAUGAUGACCUCAUCUCGAUGACCUAAGUUUCUGGCUUCCUGUUCCGAAGAUUCCGUUCCGACCUCAACACUGUGCUGCCAUCCAAGACGAAGAAGAAGGAAAAAAGAAACUCAGAAAGAAUAACUUGGUUGCCAUGGAAACCCACCCCCAAAGAAAGGAAUGGAAGAAGAAGAAACAUAUACAAACGGAAUCACACAGAAAAUGACUUGGUAGCGUUGUGGUCUCGAACACAACCCUGAAGAGAAAAAAACAUCUGGAGGCCAUUUUGUCAAACAUCGGAAGGACUUGAAAAUGAAAGACACAGUAAAUGCACAGUUGGACUGUAGUCGUCCGUUCUUUCAUAAUGUAAGAGUUCUUACCUAGGUGGCCUGGUCCCAAAUGUAUGUAUUUUAGGCUAACUCCUCGUCAGAGAGAAGAAUAAAUGUCUAAGCACAUAAUGUACAGAUUUGGUACCAGGCUAGGUCCUGGACCUUGGCUCUUUGGCACAAGGAAGUUCAAAAUGACAACCAUCUAACACAGCUUCAACUUUGUUUGUUUUUGUUACAUAUCACUUAGCAGCUCUUUUGUAAAUGAGUGUACAUUUGGCUACUUACUGUAAAAUAGGCAAACUUUUGUUCUAAUGUUGCAUAAGAUUGUGCAUAGCACUGUACAGAAGACGUCCUACACUUCCAACCCAUUUGAUUCUUGAGUUCAGUUGGAUCCCACUUCCUUUGUCAGCCUGACGAAAGCACUAGAAAACACAAUUAGCACGACAUGAAGGAUGUGUUGAAGAUUGUGGGUUUAAAACAGGCUGCAGUCAAAAAGCUGUCUUGUCAUAUCUUUUGAAGGUUGAAAACAGUACCUAGUUUGUAUGUUUAUGGUGUACUUAACAAUGGACAUUGAGACCUCUGGAUGGCCUUACCAUCUGACAUUGACACAUGCACGUGCCUAGUCACUUAGCACCGAACAUCACCACAUCUUAAAGUGGAGACUUUCCCAGGGGGGACAUUGAACUAUGGUGUGACACUACUCUGAGCUAAAAACGUGUGAGUUGUCGGCCCUACUCUGAGCUGAAACGUGUGAGUUGUUGGCCCUACUCUGAGGUGAAACUUUUGAGUUGUCAUUGGUCUCUUUACAUAUUGGUGCCUUUGCCAUCAUCAAUGCAAGCAUUUCUAUACUCACUCCACUAAUGUGUGUAAUGUCUAGUGACGUACAUGUUCUUACGGUAUGUGGUAUACAGUGUCUAGAAGAGCCCAAAUGCCUUAUGACCUCCUUUCACUAUAGUCAACUAUAGCUGACAUGAUAGUUAUCUUGCCUUGGCACGUGCAGCAGACAUUGUCUCUUGGUAAAUAUGAUCUUAUAGCCUCUGUCAACUGUUGCCUUACACAAGUUAGUGAGUUGAGUUGUUGCCUUAUUGCCUUCUAUCUGGUUAUGGCUUUACACGCCUUGUGCAUUUUCAAUAUAUUCCAAUUUGUGCAUCAACAAGUUACAUCCAAAUCAAUAAAUCGAUGAGCAUUGUUUUUGAAGAUGGCUGAAUGCCUGUAGCUGAAGGCUAGUUGAAGGCCAGUAGCUGAAUGCUAGUUGAAGGCCAGCAGCUGAAGGCUAGUUGAAGACCAGCAGCUGAAGGCUAGUUGAAGGCCAGCAGCUGAAGGCUAGUUGAAGGCCAGCAGCUGAAGGCUAGUUGAAGGCCAGCAGCUGAAGGCUAGUUGAAGGCCAGCAGCUGAAGGCUAGUUGAAGGCCAGUAGCUGAAGGCUAGUUGAAGGCCAGUAGCUGAAGGCUAGUUGAAGACCAGCAGCUGAAUGCUAGUUGAAGGCCAGUAGCUGAAGGCUAGUUGAAGGCCAGCAGCUGAAGGCUAGUUGAAGGCCAGUAGUUGAAUGCUAGUUGAAGGCCAGUAGCUGAAGGCUAGUUGAAGGUCAGCAGUUGAAUGCUAGUUGAAGACCAGUAGUUGAAUGCUAGUUGAAGGCCAGUAGCUGAAGGCUAGUUGAAGGCCAGCAGAUGAAGGCUAGUUGAAGGCCAGUAGUUGAAUGCUAGUUGAAGGCCAGCAGCUGAAGGCUAGUUGAAGGCCAGCAGCUGAAGGCUAGUUGAAGGCCAGUAGUUGAAUGCUAGUUGAAGGCCAGUAGUUGAAUGCUAGUUGAAGGCCAGUAGUUGAAUGCUAGUUGAAGGCCAGUAGUUGAAUGCUAGUUGAAGGCCAGUAGCUGAAGGCCAGUAGUUGAAUGCUAGUUGAAGGCCAGUAGCUGAAGGCUAGUUGAAGGCUAACUAAAAGCCACUGGUUUAUGUCUGUAUGCUGCUCACUGUUCUAAAGAGUUAAGCCAUGAAGAAAACACCUACCGUUUGAUUUUUUUAUUGAGGUGGAAAGCUGACAAAAUAAAUUAUGGUGAAUGAUGUUGAAUGACAUCCUGGUAUGAUAUGACGAUACUAAUUAUUAUUUUUGAGAAUAUGUAUAUAGUUUGUAUGUUUCUGUAAAUACUACAUCCUCAGUUCGCUGUGGUAUCACCCUGUUAAUUUUGUACAUUUUAAAACAUGAAAAAUAUGUUGUACAUAUUACAGAUUUGUUUUAUUUAUUUAUAUAUAUAUAUACACAUGUAUAAAUAUCUUGAUUGGAUGUUUAAUUUUCCUAAGCUCUCGUGUCUACUGUGAAUGGUUACACAGCUGUUAAUAUUGUCCCAUCAUCAUAACCAACCAACCAAUGUUCAUUGUCUUGAUUCAUUAUCCAUUGAAUCAUUAUCUUGGUUGUGUGAAUGACACUGCUGGUUCUGAACAACAGUGUAACGUUCAGAUCCAUAUAUAGACAUAUAUCUAUGGUUCAGGUGAAGUUGAUGUUUGUUCUGUUAUAUGGUUAUGUUUUCAUUCACAGCUGAUUGAGGAUCUUACAUUUUAUAGACUAAAUUGUCCCCGUUGUGCAGUGUUUUAUGACCUCAGUUGUGGUGUGUAAAGCACAAUGUUGUGUAUGACCCUAAGAUGUACGAGUCCACAGGACAGAGCACCAACCGCAGAUUGCCUGUUACAUGCAAAUUGCUCUUCUUGUUGAGUCUUAAUUUUCCUGUUCAGAGAAUCCAAUCUCAAAGUGACCAUUGUAUAGUUUGUGUUGUGAUUAUUUUGUUAAAUAAAAGAUAAAUA